AUGAAAGAAAUCCCCUAUUUACCUGUUAGUGAGAUGGAUUUUACCUCAGCUAAAAAGAAGUAUGAGUUGAUGGUGGAGAAACAGGUUACUCCUAUGGCCACUAGAUCUAACUCUGGGAUCCAAAUUACCAGGACACCUGCCCCAACCCCAGAAGAGCAGAAAACGUUUUUUACAAGUAUUCCUGGCUGUACAGUAAAACCAGCAGUCUUAUCCCUUGUCACACCUUUAACUGAGCAGUGUACUUGUAAAUAAAUUGACAAUGUACCCAAGCCCUUGCCCAAUAGCUUGAUUAAAGAAGAGUGUAUGCAGAUAGACUACAUGGAGUUGCUGCAGCAGUGUCAACAAAUAUUGGUUGAGAUUACACCUGAUGAGUGUCAAGCAAUAAAAGCUUCAACCAGAAAGCGGUCACAAAGUAAAGUUUGGUACCAACAAAGGGCAGGUCGUAUUACUGCUUCCAAUCUAAAACUGCUUGCAAAACAAACACAGCUAAGCCUGGUAAGAGUCUUGUUAAGUCCAUAUGCUACCCUGAAGCCCAUGAGUUUUCAACUGUGA